AUGUUGGGUACGCGAGCAAACACCAAGAAAGGCCAGUCGUCUGAAAGCAGUAGUGAAUUGGGGGCAGAAGGGGAGUCCGAUAUGGACAGUAACGCUUUGCAGCUCCGAAAUGAACUAAUGGAGAUGGAGAUAGAGAAGCUAAAACUGGAGCUGGAAGUGGCUAGACUUGCCAGGGCGCAGGACACCACGUCGGGAGCCAGCGCUGCCCGAACGGAGGGGGACGAGGUACUUAGGUACUCGCGGAUUGUAAGGGGCGUAUUGUCCAACAUGCCAGAGUUCGAACCGUUGGUGCCUUCGUGGUUCUCCGGGGUGGAGAGUAUGUUCAAUAGCCUUCACGUGCCGGAAAGCAUCAGGGGCGCAAUGAUCCUCCCCUUCCUCACGGAGAGAAUGAGAUCGGUCGCAAACCGAAUCGCUGCUGACGCGAUGCCGUCGUACGACGACUUAAAAGGAGCGGUGCUUGAGGAGCUUCAGCUUGCUCCAGCGGAGUAUCGGGAGCUGUUUUACAAAGCUAGAAAGGACGAAAAGGAGUCCUGGGGACAGUUUGCAUCUCGUCUGGGCGAUUUUCUUGGUUAUUAUUUGAAAAGUAGCGAGGUGACAUCUAUGGAGAUGCUGAGGCAGCUGCUGAUAGCUGAUCAGCUAAAGCGCACGAUGCACCGAGACACGAGAGCAUAUGUCGACCUGAGCGAAAAAGGAAAAUGGUUACCGCCCGCAGAAGUGGCCAAACUUGCGGUAAACUAUGAACGAACGCAGAAGGAAUCGAGGGCUAAACAGGGGCCACCUUUCCCAAAUCGCGAGGGGAAUAAACCGAGUCUGAAAGAUAAAGGCGUGGCUUCUGGUACAGAGAAAAGAAGCUGCUUCGGAUGUGGAAAGUUGGGGCACAUUUGGGCCAACUGCCCGAAGCCUAAGGAUAAGGUCUCUAAAGGCGGUACCGUUGCUGGUGUAGGGCGCGAUCGCAAGGAACAGCUACGGAGGGUGAUGGCAAACGAUAGGGACAUCGCGACAAACACUUCUAUUGGGUCACGAGUCCAAUUGGUCCCGUUGGUAUUCGAGCAUAACAAAUUCCAGGGGAGGUUGGAUUCGGGGGCGGAUAUCACGGUGAUCAGGCGGAGUGUGAUCCAAAGUGGGAGCCUUGAAACUUCGGGACCCAUUGUUCUCCGCGGAGCCUUCGGUCAGUCAAUAACAGCUGACUUGAUGUACGUGCCGCUGCGGGCCGACUGUGACGAGUACGACACCGGACCACAGGUUAUAACCCUGUGCGCGGUAACAGAGGAGCUGGCUGAGGGAAUUGACGCGCUCAUAACACUCGACGUGUACGAUGAACUCCUCAGGGCGAAAGCCGAGUUUGAAGCUGAAGCCGGUGAUCUGGGCCCCGACCUGCCCGAGAGGCUCGGGGGUGAGCCAGUAGACUUUGAGGAGAACGAAAUUCAGGCCGAGGUGCAGUUCGUGGCGAGUCCGGCUGAUGCAGGAGAGGGUACAAGCGUAACAGAAUUCCGCAGAGAGCAGCUCAACGACGAAUCACUCAGGGAUGCCUGGAAGGAGGCUGAAAACGGGACACACGGCAUGGUUGUGCGCGAGGGGCUCCUGUAUCACAAAGAUGACGUUGAUGGCCGACAUUGUGAGCAGGUUCUGUUGCCGGCGUCCAGGCGCGAAAAGGUGCUCGAGCUCGCGCAUGACUUCCCAUGGGGAGGGCACUUUUCGCAGAAGAAGACCAAAAAGAGAAUAAAGGGCGCGUUCUUUUGGCCAACGAUGGCUCAAGAUGUCAGGAAACACUGCCAGUCGUGCCAUGCGUGCCAGGUACAGUCGAGGGCAAACGUACUGGAUAGAGUGCCGAUCACACCGCUCUCGCGGCCUGAGCUACCAUUUCAAACAAUUUUCAUAGAUUGUAUCGGGCCGCUUGACCCUCCUUCGGCAAGGGGUCACCGGUACGCGCUUUGCAUAGUCGACUUGUGUACGAGGUGGGCCGAGGUAGUCUGUCUGAGAUCAUUGACGGCGCAAGCAACAUGUGACGCAUUGGUGGGUGUGUUCGCCAGAUUCGGAACGCCACAACUGAUCUGCUCGGAUCAGGGCACAAACUUUGUGGCAAAACUGACGCGACUGCUAACAGAGCGGCUGGGGGUGGAGAUGCGAUUCUCGACUCCAGAUCACCCCCAGAGCGACGGUCUAGUUGAGAGGUGGAAUGGGACUUUGAAGGCUAUGCAGCGUCAUGUAAUUCAGGAUCACAAUCCACUGAAGUAUCUCACCCUCACAUCCCCGAGCAGCGCGCGUCUCACGCGAUGGUCCCUUGCGCUCCAGCGCUACGAGAUAACUAUAUCGCAUAUUAACCAGUGUGGGAUGCGUUGUCUAGGCUUAGAGUUGCGACCUAGAGACGGCGGGCCUUGA